CGGGGAGAAGGAGAAGGAAGCGAACAAGGUGAUUCCCUGGAACAGUGUACGUUCAUACCAGGUUUGCAUUCUCACCUGCAAGCCAAUGUAAGUCGUGUUGAGUGACUGCGUGUGAAAGAGGGACCAUCACUAUCCUCAUGUCCUAUGGAGGAGGCUUCAACGGACGCACUGAGCGAGUCCGCCAGGCGCCCCACUAUGACCAGGUACCACAAGGCUCCUUAUCCCGAGAAGACUCCUACGAUCUGCAGCCGCUGAGAGAGCAGAGGGCGCCUCACCUCGCUCAGAGCGCCGACCCCCUCCCGCCUCCGCCUCUGCCGGACCAGCCUCCCGUGGGGCCCGAGUUCGAUCCCAGCGGCAGCGAGGACAACACCGACCCGGACCACGACCCGGCCAUCGACAUCAAACCGGUCCACCGCUUCAUCCCCGACUCCUGGAAGAACUUCUUCAGAGGAAGCAACCGCAGCAGUAACCAGCCGUGGUCCAUGACCUCCUCCUCGUACAACAACAACAACAGCACCACCGAGGGGGUGCGCUGCUCGCCGCCCCAGUCCCCCUCUGUUCCUGGGUCGUACCGGGACCCCUAUGGGGGCUCAGGGGGCAGCUACAACUCCAGGAAGGAGCUUCUGGAAGUUCACGAUGCCCACGAGUCUGUGUCGGGCCACACCUACCACACAGGCCUGACCUACAGCGAGCGGGUGGAGGAGUACCAUCAGCGCUACGGCUACAUGAAGUCCUGGGGGGGGCUGCUGAGGAUUCUGGGCUGCGUGGAGCUGCUGCUGGGGGCGGCCGUGUUCGCCUGCGUCUGCGCCUACAUCCACAAAGACAACGAGUGGUUCAACAUGUUUGGAUACUCGGCUCCUGGAGGAGGAUACGGAGGUUUAUACGGUGGCAACUAUGGCGGGAGCUACUACACGGGCCCCAAGACCCCGUUUGUGUUGGUGGUGGCAGGACUGGCCUGGGUGGUGACUGUGAUUGUUUUAGUGCUGGGGAUGACCAUGUACUACCGCACCAUCCUGCUGGACUCCUCCUGGUGGCCUCUGACGGAGUUCACCAUUAACCUGGCUCUGGCGGUGCUCUACAUGGCAGCAGGCAUCGUCUAUGUCCGUGACACGACCCGCGGAGGGCUCUGCUCCUACCCGGUCUUCAACAACGGCAUCAACGGGGUGUUCUGCAGGACAGAGGCGGGCCAGACUGCCGCCAUUAUCUUUCUGUUUGUCACCAUGGUCGUUUAUCUGAUCGGAGCGCUCGUGUGUCUGAAGCUGUGGAGGCACGAAGCCGCACGCAGAUACCGGGAGAGGUACGGCCAGGAGAUGCAGCCGUCUGGGAUGCGAGCUGCACAUUCACUGGAUUUUGUAGCUCACGCUCCCAAAACCGCGGACCAGGUGGAGGGCUCCUCCGUCGUUCUGGUCAAAGCUCCUGCUCCUAAAGCAGUUCCAGCAAAGAUCCUGCAGGGAGCCAUACCGUCAGGACACAUUCCUAAACCUGUUGUUGUGCCCGACUAUAUUGCGAAGUACCCGACCAUUCGGACCGACGAGGAGCGGGACCAGUACCGGGCCGUGUUUAACGACCAGUACGCAGAGUACAAAGAGAUCCACUCGGAGGUGCAGGUGACCCUCAAGAAGUUUGAUGAGAUGGACGCCAUGAUGCGCAGUCUGCCUCAGCACCCGACCAGCCAGAUGGAGGUUGAACGCAUCAGCAGAAUCCUUCAGGACUACCAGAGGAAGAAAAAUGACCCGACGUUCCUGGAGAAGAAGGAGCGCUGCGAGUACCUGAAGAGCAAACUGUCUCACAUCAAACAGAAGAUCCAGGAAUACGACAAAGUCAUGGAGUGGAACGACGGCUACAGCUAAACCUCUGAGGCGCCUCCACCCCCACAAAGACAGAACUAAGAACUGAUGCUGACGGAGAAAAUAACAUUUUAACUGGAAACAUGGAAACGAAACCAGACCAGGAAGUAAAACAUUUAUCAGCAGUUCUGUUUGUAUGUGUUUGUUAAAGCCCACAAGUAGAAGCAGAAGGGUUGAAUGUUUUAUGCUUUUUGGGAAAUUCACCUGAGGGUUGAUGAGAAAAUCAGUAUCAGUCUUAACUCUCUCAGCAAAGACCGCAGAGCUGCUGCACGCACCUCUACAGCUCACAGUUAACAGGUUAUACAUUGUUCUGGUGUAGAAAUGACAGUUAGCCAUUUGACUGGGUUUAAUAUGCCGGAUUAUUUUCUUUAUAAUCCUCCAUUAAACAUCAAACUGUCAUUUUUUAUUCCUCUGCGUCAGCGACAGUCGGAG